AUGGCAUCGCCUUUGCCCUUUGCUCAUCCUGCUGACUUGGUGCGCGCGGAUCAGAAGGAGUUGCUAGGAGGCCAUGCUGCUCGCUGGCAAGGGGCAUUGCAGGUUUUGGGUGAUGCCAGCUAUGCCUGGGCCACAGCCGCAGCUUGGCUCGGUCAGCUACUCUACCUCAAGGCUGCCGGAAGUAGCCUCGGGGAGGAGUACAGCGAGUUGCUUUUGGUCGAAAACCUUCGCCCAGCAGGUCGAUUUCGACGCCUUCUGGCUGCCGCGCUUAACGCAGUCUUGGUGAAUGGAAACUGGGGCGAGUGGCUCAUGCUGUUCUUGCGACUGCAUUUGGCGCUUUUCUAUCUCUUUGGUCGCUACCGGCAUUUGCCCGAGAGGCUGCUCAACUUGAGAGCUGUAAGCUUGGCAGAGCGGCCAUACAGGAGCUUCAGCUACCGGCCAUUGGGAUUUGUGUUGCUGGCACAAGCCAUUGGCCAGCUGCUGGCAAAGAUCCUGCAGCGAAGGCAAAGGUCAGGAGCUGAUGUAGCCGACACGGAGACUUUGCAAGCUGCCAUGGGCAACUGGGCCCCAGCACUUCCGCAGUCCCGGCUGAGCGCAGGACGGCCGCCGCGGUGCAACAUUUGUGCUGGAGAAAAAUGCGGGCUCUUUGGUGGCGGAGAGCUAAGCCUUGGCUCACGAAGGAUCAUGCGGGUCCAUGUGUUGGAUUAUGACACCCCAGAAGGUGCCAAGCGUCUCCGAAGCAAAGCUUUGAUUCUGACGGCGCCCAGCUACGUCACAGCGUCCCUUCUGAAGGAGGUUUGUCCUGCAGCAGCUUCUGCCUUGGAAGGCAUUCGAUAUCCGCGAGUAGCUGCAGUUACGGUAGCUUACUCGCACUUGGAACACCUACUCUUGUUAUAUAACACAAAGUCAGCAAGUUUGAUGUCAGGAAAAGGUAUCGUCAAUGGCUUCGGGCAGCUUCAUCCAAGAUCACAGGGCAUCAGAACCUUAGGCACAAUUUACUCAUCAUCUCUCUUUCCGAAUCGCAUGCCUGACGAUGAUAAAAUCAUGCUCCUCCACUAUAUAGGUGGUGCUCGGGACCCGGAGCUGUUCGGCGGCAUCCAGGGCCUGACGGAAGGGCAGCUGGUGGAGGCAACUCACAAGGACACGGUGGAAACUAUGCUGCAUCCCAGCGAGGCAUCCAAUCUUCCAAAAGCCCUUGGUGUCAGGGUUUGGGAUCGAGCGAUCCCGCAGUUGGAAGUUGGGCAUCAAGACCGUUUAGAUACCGUGAAGAAGAGCCUGGGCAUAGAGGGUGUGGAAGGCCUUUACCUCGCAGGGAACUUCGUGGGCGGUGUGGCUUUGGGCAGAUGCAGCUUGCUGAGACUCGAGUGUAGUGGCGGAGAAUGA